CGAUCAUCUUCUCUCUCUCUCUUUUUCUCUGCAUAUAUUUCAUCAACACUUCUUUUUAAUACGGUAGAGAAGUUCAACAGUGAAAUAUGAGCACCAAGCCAGCCAGGAAAGAAAACACAAUCACCCGCCGAUUCCUGAAAGGACCCAUAAGGGUUUUGAUAAGGGCCAAAGACUUCUAUAUCCAAAGCCUGUGGGGUUGCGCCGGACAUGUCAGCUACGGCACCGUCGUGGGCCCAAUGCCAUAUGUCAACACUACUUUGCCUAGGAGCUUCAGCGUCCACUCCACAGCCAGCAACGAUGAAGAUUUUAGGGAACUUAUGAGGAUUGCUUCGACUCGGAACCUGGGCAACAAAAUUGAGAUGGAGCUUCGCCAACGACAAUCGCCCAUGGCCGGAGCUAAUGUUGUGCCUCGCAGCCAGAGCGUUGCUGUUGGAAGGAUUGACGAAGACAAGCCUUGUGAAUUUGGAGAAGAGAUUAAUGUAAAAACGAAUGUGUAUCCGAGAAGCAGGAGCUAUGCUGUUUCAAAAAGAACUCGAGGGAUGCUCUAAACAAGGUUAUGGGAAUUGAAGGAUACUGAAGGCCAUCUCUCUCUCUCUCUCUCUCUCUCUCUCUCUCUCUCUCUCU